UCGUCGAACCGCCUAUCUUUUCCUACCUCCCUCACCUCUUUCUCUUGCAAUUGAUGCAUUUCGUGAUACAGUACCUUCAUUGUAAUUAGGUCAUUCUUCACCACUUUUAACACGCCAUGGCUGAUUCUAAACCCAAAACCCCUUCAAUCCCUCAAUGGCAACAGCCCUCCGCCACCAACUCCGCCUCCGCAUCUCCGCCGAGCUCCGAUGAUGCUUCACGAUCGCAACUUCUACAGCAAGCGACCAAGUUUUUAGAAGAUGAGUCCUUGCGCGACGCACCACUAGAUCGCAAGGUAUCAUUCUUGGAAUCGAAGGGUCUCCGACAAGAUGAAAUUGACAGUCUGCUGGGUGUGUCGCGAAACUCCGAGGCAGCCAGUAGUACGGCUGCAACCGAGGCCGAUAACAAGACCAGUGAGCCUAGCAUCAUGAAGGACACACCAGGUGACUCAGCCUCUUCAUCGCCUUCCACUUCGACAUCUCAAUCAUCCUCUUCUCCUGCUACCACCAUAAACAAUCGGCAAUCCUCGUCCGCUCGUGACGUCCCACCGAUUAUUACCUACCCGGAAUUCCUCGUCAAUCAACCUAAACCCCCUCCGCUAGUGUCCCUUCGUAGCCUCCUCUACACUGUCUAUGGCGCUGCAGGUCUAGGAGCUAGUAUUUAUGGCGCAAGCGAGUACCUCGUGAAGCCCAUGCUCGCCAACCUGACAAGUGCACGACACGAACUGGCCGAAACAGCCCAGGAUAACCUCAAGAAAUUGAACGAAAAGCUAGAGCAGAAUGUAUCCACCAUUCCCCCUCAGCUCACGGCGCGUCGUGCUCAAUCUACUGGCUCAAGCUCUGAUGAUGAGACCGAGUCUGUCACAUCCGACCCAGCGGAGCUAUUCCACCGCGAUGUCGCUGUCCAGACCACGGAAGAUUUCAACCUGGAGAAGUCAUCCUCAUCAGCCGCGAAUACAGCAGACACAGAAUCUUUUGACCCCAGUGCAACUGUGAAUACACAUGUAAAGCGACUUGAAGUCAUCAGGUCGCAUCUCCAAGAAUUCUCCGAGACCAACAAGCAGUCGAGUACGUGCGAUGAUACUGUUCGCAGCAGCCUUAACGAGCUACAUCAUUACUUAGAUGGACUACUAUACAGUAAAUCUAGCUAUGGCGCGGGAACCGGCUACGGGGUCUAUAGUACUCCCGGCUUUGACACCAGCGGAAACACGACUGGCUUGAAUAAAGGCGAGGAAGACGCCAUAUCCAACUUCAAGUCUGAGAUUAGAGGUGUCAAGGGUGCUUUAUUGAGUGCCCGGAACUUCCCUGCUAGCCGGGGACCGAGAAUUAGCAGUGGUAUCGGCAGAUGAAGAGACGGUGGUCUUUAUGCUGAUUCUUUGGUUCGAGGAGACGAAUCAAUAUCAUGUGAACAUAUAUGUUACUUUUUCUUUUUCUUUCUUUGGCUUGGUUACGGAAGAAUGUAUUGGUUUCCAGCAAUAACCAGCAUGGCGUUAGGAAUGAUCUGGUUUAUAAUGGUAUCGAAGAUAUCUGCUAUACUUCGAUUGCUAUGUAUGCCUUGGCGAUGGUUUAUAUUUUACAUUAUGUUACACCUAAAGAGAUAACUAGAUAUAUCUGUAGUGUAUACGUAUAACUAC